AUGGUUUCGGAGGACUUGCUGGAGAAAUGCCUAGAAAUUCUCCAGGAUCAAGAACUAGAUGAAGAAGAGCAAGUGGAAAAAGUGGAGGAUUAUUUGCGCGCCAACACUGCACUUACCGGAUCAUCGCUAGAGAAUGCGGUGCUGGAUAUUCUAUGGCGGCAUCGCAAUCGCACCCUCGCGGACUCAUCACCUCCCCCUCCUCGUCACACUAUAAUUCGCCGAUCAUCACCAGCGCCAUGGCAGAUGCGGUCGUCGACUCCUCUGUCGCCGUCAAAUCUUGGAACGAGCCCCGGGAGUACCUCGUGGGUGCAGAGCUCACGCGGGGCAUUCGCCCGCCCUCCACUCUCGUCAACUGUGUCUCCAUUUACCUCCCCACGACCAUCUCCACGACUGGCCCUAGCACAGCCCAUCCCACACUCCCCGAAUUUAAAUGCGUAUGAGUUCUCAGACCAAAGUCAACUAUCCGACUUUUAUGGCGAUUUCGGCAGCGAUAGUAAUGUCGACUGGCUAGUGGGAGAUGAUGCAAAUAGUGUCACCUCCUCUACGGGUGGAUAUAGUAUCCAGGGAGCGCUGAGCGCAACUGCAGCAGAAUUUGUGCCGGACAUGAGUCCCCAUGAUAUUUUGCGCACUGUCUUGGGCGAUAAGCGGUCAAACGACGAUAUCGAAGCUGCGCUAGAAGCAAAUAGUUAUGAUCUUGGCGCGACCAUCGCGGCACUUUCGCAAGAUACAGACGCGGAAUUAUUUGCAAAGCAACAUGACGAUGGCCGUGUGUUGGUCGGUAAGUCGAUGGUAAUGGAGAAAAGUCGUCCCAUCACACCAUCUGGGGUCGAGCGAAGUCCCGUAGUUUGCAAGUACUUUCUAUCUACGGGACAGUGUCUCCGUGCCGACUGCCGCUUCAGCCAUGACUUGACCAGUCAUCUAUGCAAAUACUGGGUAAUGGGCAACUGCCUAGCCGGUGAUGGAUGCCCGUUUUCGCAUGACCCCUCAUCCCUCGUGUCCUCUUUGAGUGUCUCUGGAAGCAGCCGGCCAACCUCGCCGCCUGCUGGGUCACCUUUCCAGGUAGACAGUGGAUCUGAUGCGUUCCCGCCCUUGCAAUCGUCGGGCACGGAGGAUCAAUGGGCUUAUCAAUAUGGCGGUCGAUAUCCUUCUCAUCUUUCUGGUCUGCAAGGAAGCAAGCAUCUCCCUCCUGGUCUUCACCCUGGUAUGGGAAGAAGAAAUGGAAGCAUGACGCACUUGGGACGACCAAACUCCCGUCCGAGCAGCCGUCACCAGAAUCGUGAGCUGAACCCUACUGCUCUGUCCGUAGACGAUCCAGAUGCGUUCCCAACCCUUGCUGCGGUCAACGCAAAGAAUGCGGGCAAGAAGCACCAUGGUAAGCGGGGCAAUAACCGCGACGCAAACGUGGGAAAAGAAAACAUCCCUUCCUCACUAGCAGACGUGGUCCGCAUGUCUCCAUCUCCUGUCCCUGGCAAGGGUAAACCCUCUAAGAACAACAAGGAUAUCAAGAGCCGCGAAAACAGUGCUGCAGCCCAAUCUAUACAAGCACCCCAAAAUAUUCCUUGGCUUGAGACCGGUUCGCGGGCAAACCAGCAAUACAUCAAGUACCGUACAGAAGCAAUUCGCCACGGGACCGUACGGAACAAAUUUCUACAAAGCGCCGCUCAAGCGUGGAACCGAAAUGAUGCACGAGCUGCCAAAGCUCUAUCUUUACGUGGCCAAGCGGAAAACGAUGCUAUGCGUCGCUGCCACAGAGAAGCCGCACGCCAGCUGUAUGAAGCGCGUAAUCAACACCUAGCCCAGGCUGGCCUGGACGAAACCUCCGAGGAACUCUACGUUGAUUUACACGGCCUGCACCCAGAAGAGGCAAUCGAAUAUCUUGAAAAGAUUCUUUUGAAACAUGCGCGCGAGGGCCUCCGCGUCGUCUACGCAAUCACCGGCACCGGUCACCAUUCGAAAAAUGGCAAAGAUAAAAUCGGCAAGGCUGUCAAAGCCUGGCUUAAUGAAUGGCGCUACCUGUUCCGAGAAUUCAGCGUGCCUGGCGAGCGGGGCGGCUACGUUGGUGGUAUUCUCGGCAUUGACCCAACAAGCUAUGACAAGUCGCUUGCCAAGAGUCUUGUGGAGGAUGACGCAGUUGCGGAAGAGACUGGACAGACUAAUCUUGUGAUGGGCAAGAUUCAACUUCUUAAAAGGGAGGAUCUAGAGACGAAUCAAUGA